AUGGAAAGAGCGCUGCAAGCUCAACAUGUGUUGGAAAAUCAGUAUGUGAAGUUUGCCACAUAUCGGUUGGAAGGAGAGACUCAGGUUUGGUGGGAAGGAGCGCGCCGUUUGUUACAACAGGAUAAUGAAGCCAUUACAUGGGAGAUUUUCAAAGUUGACUUCUACAAGAAGUAUUUCCCGAACUCUGUGAGGGUGGCAAAGAAAUUGGAACUCAUGCAACUAAAACAAGUGUCGAUGAUGGUGAUCGAAUAUAUGAGUGAGUUUGAGGAGCUGUGUCGAUUCUCCAAAUUUUGUCAAGGUGCACCAGAAGGCUAUGAAGAGUGGAAAUGUAUCAAGUAUGAGGGUGGCUUCCGAGAUGACAUUAUGAGUACUGUGGUGCCAAUGGAGAUAAGGAGUUUUCCUGAAUUGGUCAACAAGAGUCGAGUGGUGGAGGAGUGCUCAAGGAAAAGUGCAGUGGCAAGAAACAACUGCAAAAAAUUCUACAAAAAAGGGUAA